GGUUUGUUUCUCUCUCUUUCUCUCACUAUAUAUAUAUACCCAUAAUAGUAAUAUGCAUGUAUAAAAUCUUGGUGUCAAAAAUUUUGAAUCUUUGAUGCGUCGGGUCCCUUUGGUUCCAAAAAAGAAGAAGAAGAAGAAGGGUGCUACCUUUGGAAAUAAAUUGAGCUAUAUUUGAGAGAAAAAUGAAGAUUUGUAUGAGGAGAGGGUCAUGCGUAUGGCCAGGCGCGAGACAACUUUGCUUGAGGAAAAACUUGUUGUACGGAUUCAUGCGGUUCUUGUCUAUCCCACUCAAAACCUUACGUGGAGUUAGUCGAUCAAUUGGAAUUUCUAGCUUCUGUAGAGUUCCCAAAAUGUCUUCCACACUACAAAUCGAAGUGAUUCCAUGUCUUAGCGACAAUUAUGCAUAUUUGCUACAUGACGUGGAUACUGGCACAGUUGGAGUCGUUGAUCCUUCUGAAGCUGUACCUGUUAUGGAUGCCUUGUCUAGAAAAAAUGGGAAUCUGACUUACAUUCUUAAUACCCAUCACCAUUAUGAUCAUACUGGGGGGAACAGGGAGCUAAAAGAAAUGUAUGGCGCAAAGGUAAUUGGAUCAGGAAUUGACAAGGACAGAAUUCCUGGCAUUGAUAUAGUUUUGAAAGAUGGGGACAAGUGGAUGUUUGCUGGCCAUGAAGUGAUUAUAAUCGAAACUCCUGGUCAUACUCGAGGGCAUAUUAGCUUUUAUUUUCCUGGAUCACGAGUGAUUUUUACGGGGGACACUUUGUUUAGUUUAUCAUGCGGCAAGCUUUUUGAAGGAACCCCUGAAGAGAUGCUGGCUUCCCUUAAAAAGAUAACGUCUCUGCCUGAUAACACAAGCAUAUACUGUGGUCAUGAAUAUACGCUGAGUAAUUCAAAGUUUGCGUUGUCCAUUGAACCCCGAAACGAAGAACUCAAGUCCUAUGCUGCCCACGUAGCCCAUCUCCGUAAGAAGGGCUUGCCAACGAUCCCAACGACGCUGAAGAGAGAGAAGUCAUGUAAUCCGUUCCUUCGCACUUCAAGUGCGGAAAUCCGCCAGUCGCUAAAUAUACCAGCCACUGCUGAUGAUGCAGAAGCUUUGGGCAUCAUCCGCCAGGCGAAGGAUAGCUUUUAGAAUUCAUCGCUAUGUUCGUCCAUAAAGAUUAGCCCAUCCGUUUGUGAAAUAAAACACCUUCAGUGUUUAUGUUUUCAAUUCUUGUUAGAGAUUUUAAUGUUAUAUUUCAAUUUUUUCCCCUCCUUAGUUCAAUAUAUGUAUAUCCGACACAAAACUGAAGUACAAAAUUUCUUGAAAUCGUUCACUGGUAUCUGAGAGGAAAAGGGUUUUAACA